AUGACGAUCUGCGCGGGCUUCGAUUCCUACCGGGCGUCGCCGGCGGACAUGCGGGUCGUGACGUCGGACGGGCAGAGCAUCGCCGCGCAUUCCUACAUUCUUGCCUCGGCGUCGCCGGUGCUGGAGCGGAUGAUCGACAGGGCGCAGCGCGGGUGGGGCGCCGAGUGCACCAUCCCCGUCCUCGGCGUCUCCUUCGACGCCGUCCACGCCUUCAUCCACUUCCUCUACUCCUCCAAGUCCAAGGUGGUGCCCGCGGAGGAGGAGGCGGUGGGCGCGAACUGGACGCAGCUGCUGGCGCUGGCGCACGCGUACCGGGUGGGGUGGCUGAAGCGGGCGGCGGAGGCGGCCGUGUCGGCGCGCCUGACGCCGGAGCGCGCCGUGGACAUGCUGAAGCUGGCGAGGCUCUGCGACGCGCCGCGGCUGUACAUGCGGUGCGCGCGCCUCGCGGCCAAGGAGUUCGCGGCCGUGGAGCAGUCCGACGGGUGGCGCUUCGCGCGGCGCCACGACGCCGCGCUGGAGCUCGAGCUCCUCACGCUCCUCGAGGACGCCGACCAGCGGAACGAGCGUUGGGCGCGCGAGAGGGCCGCGCAGGAGGCGUGCCGGCAGCUCGGUCAGGCCAUGGCCUCCCUCGAGCACAUCUUCCCCGGCGAGUCCGGCGCCAAGGCCGCCUGCGCGGACGCGGACGCGCCGUGCGCGAGGGCGGGGUGCACGUGCCGGGGCCUGCAGGUGCUGAUGCGGCACUUCGCGACGUGCGCGAGAAAGAUGGCGCCCGGCGGGUGCGCGCGGUGCAAGCGCAUGCUGCAGCUGUUCCGGCUCCACGCCUCCGUCUGCGACCGGCCGGACCGGGCCUGCCGUGUGCCGCUUUGCAGCCAUUUCAAGGCGAAAUCGCAGAUGGGGAAAGCGGACAAGACAUGGCGGCUUCUGGUGAAGAAGGUGACGAGGGCCAAGGUGAUGUCCUCCAUGGCCGAGAGGAAGGUGGUGCCGGAGGUCGUGGCCGAGUCAUGGGCGAGGUACAACCGUAGAGGAGCCAAGUUGAGAUGA